AAACACUAUGCUUCACUUCACACUUCAUUGCACUUUUACACUUAAAUCCCAAUUUCAAAUCUUCUUCUCAAAAACUACCUUCUUUUUUUUAGUUUGUAAUAUCAAUGGUAAUACCAACAAAGCCUCAUGCUGCUUUGCUAGCAAGUCCGGGUCUGGGUCAUCUCAUACCCAUGAUCCAGCUAGCUAACCGCCUUACCACCCACCAUUCUUUUCACGUUACCAUUUUCGUAGUAUCCAUGGAUCCCAACCUAAACAUAUCCACCCUCCUUCCUAACCAAUCUAAUUAUACUAACUCUACUCUUUAUGACCUUAUUGUUCUUCCCUAUGUUGAUUCCUCCACACAAAUGGGUCCCACAGACAAGAUUAUGACCCGUCUAGCCAUCAUGAUGAGAGACUAUAUUCCUAGCCUUAGAUCCGAGCUUGGAUCCAUGGAGCACAACCCGACCCUUCUUGUUGUGGACCUUUUUGGCACUGAGUUUCUUAACCUUGCUAAUGAAUUUAAUAUGGUUAAGUAUGUUUAUAUUCCUUCCAAUGCUUGGUUUUUAGCUGAGACUAUAUGUGUGCCCCACCUUGACAAACAAGUUAAGCAUGUUGGGCCUUUGUAUAUCCCGGGUUGUAAACGGGUCGAAUAUGAUGAUAUACUUGACCCGGUUUUCGACCCGGAAAAUAGAGACUAUGAUGAGUAUGUUCGUAUAGCUAUUGAUAUAGGAACAGCUGAUGGUUUGUUGGUCAAUACUUGGGAAGAAUUGGAGCCUAAAACACUUUCUUCUUUGAGAAAUAAUAAAAAAUUAAGGGAGAUGUUUAAUAAGCCGGUUUAUCCGGUUGGACCAUUGGUCAGACCGGUUAGACCGGAAUGUUUGGGGGGUGAAUUAUUAAUGUGGCUCAAUAAUCAACCUAAAGAAUCGGUUCUUUAUGUAUCUUUUGGAAGUGGGGGAACUUUGUCUAGCAAACAAACAAUAGAGUUAGCUUGGGGUUUGGAAAAGAGUAAACAAAAAUUUAUUUGGGUGUUACGCCCUCCAAUUGAGCAUGAUGGAGCUGGGGCCCUUUUCCAUGCAAUGGAAGGUCAAGAUCAAGCCAUCUCCCAAUAUUUGCCUGAUGGGUUUUUGACCCAAAUAAGUAAUUUGGGUAAAGUGAUCCCUAUGUGGGCCCCACAAACCGAGAUACUAGCUCAUCCUUCGAUUGGGGGAUUUAUAUCACACUGUGGAUGGAACUCGACUUUAGAAAGUCUUUCAAGCGGAGUACCUAUUAUUGCUUGGCCACUUUACGCUGAACAGAACAUGAAUGCAGCACUAAUGGAUGAAGAGAUCGGAGUUGCGAUCCGGCCAAAAGUAUUGCCAACCAAAGGGUUGGUGAGUAGAGAGGAGAUUAAGAACAUGAUAAUAAAGAUCAUGGUAGAUGUUGAAGGAUUUGAGAUAAGAAGAAGAGUGAAAGAAGUAAAGAAAUGUGCAAAAAAAGCAUUGACUAUAGAAGGGUCAACUUGCAAGUGGUUUGCUCAAUUGGCAAAGAAUUGUGAGAUAAAAUUAAGGAGUCAGAGUCAAAAAGCAGAGGAGAUGGCAGUGGGACAUAUUAAUAUCAUUAAUUGAUGAUGGGUGACCACUGCAAGUACGUUGCAAUUUGCAUGAUUUCGUCGAAUUUAUUGUGUUUGUCUAUUAAUAGAAGCAGACUAAGGGAUUGUGACUUGGAGUUGCAACUUGAAUAGUUGAUGUUAUAUUAGUUUACUAUUAAUAAUAGUAAUGAAUUAUAUCAAUGAGGAAUACAUAUUAUGUAGGUAUACCAUAUUCAUAAUACAUUAUCUAUAUAUUAUUUUAUAAGUAGGAAAACAAUUGCAUAAACUAUAUUUUUGUAUUUGACUGAAUUUUUGUCAACUCCUCACAAUCUAAACCCUUUUUAUCUCAAAUAUUAUUUUUUUUUUU